UUUUAGAACACACACAGCACAAUCCUUCCCUCCCCAUAUGGAAGAGAGCUCUGCCUACUCCUCCCAACCCCCUCUCAGUGAACACUGAGUCCACAGUACAAGCCUCAGAGACAAGCCUACAUACAGAAGAGCUCUGCCUCUACUCUGCUUCUAGCUAAGACUGAUCAAGAUGGCAAAAUCUUUCUGGAUUUACAUUGCAUUGAUCUCCUCCUUUUUCAUAUUAACUGUAGCCUCAAAGAAAGGGAAGGGUAAAAGUGGCGGAUGGGAUUCUAGAGGCAACCGAAAUCCAAGUUACCCAGGCAACACUGGAAGUAACUGGAACCCAAAUAACCCAGGCAAUACUGGAAGCAAUUGGAAACCCAACCAGCCAGGCAACCCUGGGAGCAAUUGGAAUCAAGGUGGCAGCUGGGGAAAUAAUUAUAAUCCAGGAGGGAGCAACUAUAAUAAGCAGUUUAAGCCUCCCAAAACCAAGACCAACAUGAAAAUGGUGGCUGGUGCAGCUGUUGCAGGAGCUGUUGGAGGUUUCGUGUUAGGAAAUGCAGUAAGCAACAUGAGGUACAGUUUUGACAAUGAUAUGGACCGUCGUUAUUACAACAGCUACCAAAAUCAAAUGCCCAAUCAAGUAUAUAGACCAUCGUACGUAGGCAAUCCACAUGUAACGGAAGACAGAUUUGUCACUGACUGCUACAACAUGACCAUGACCGAAUAUGUGAUGAAACCAAGCGAUGGGAAGAAUGGCUCAGACGUAGACCCAGCAGAAUACAGAGUUAAGAGCACCAUCGUCCGGCAGUUAUGUGUUAGCGAAUUCAAAAGGGGACCUGAAUAUUAUAAUGGCUCUGAGUUAAAUCUGCUUUUUAGCCCAAAGCUCAUCCUCUUCAUCACACUUUUUGUAUACUUUGUGGUGGAAUGAUGUGAGAAACGAAUGCGAGUGGAAAAGCAUUCUGUACAUAUAUAGAUGAAAUCAAUACAGAUGUCCUGCUCCACUGCCUAAACCAAUAUGUUUUCUUCUGAUUCCUUGUAUCACUGGACUGUAAUGGGACCCCCUUAUAACAUAUGCUGUGUCCUAUAUUAGUGUACAAAUUUCACAUCAGAGCUGUAUAAUAUUUUUUACAAAAAGCCGUUCGUCCAUUUUGCUUGGAUGCAGAUCUUAACCACCAUGUUAGUAAUGUGUAGUUUUUUUUAUUAUUUAUCAAAAACUGCCUUCAUUGUGUUUUUAGUUUUCUUUUAUUGUUUUUGUAUUUUUUUCAGCUUCAAUCACCCAGGCCCAUUUUUAUUGCAUGGUUAUAAUAUUAAUGUCUAAACAUCCACUGAUCUGAUUAGUAGACAUUGAGGCCAUAAUUACAUUGAGUUCCCUUAUUAUUGCUAUAGUUCUUUUAGUAGUUGCCUUGAGUCGUAUUAAUUUAAAAAAACAACAAAGCAAUAUCAGAAAAUCUCAGCAUCACAAAGGACGUAAAAGUAAAAGCAAGAUCAUUAAACUGAUGAACAAUAGGAGAACAGAAUGGAAAAUGCAACUCUAAUCAGUUGGAAAAUCUAUCCUGCAUCUUAACAUUUUGAGUUAAAUAUUUGGUCACAAAGAUUCCUAUCUACAGUUCCUGAGAUGAGUAGAUUAUCAGGGUUUUUAGAGAGGACCCCAACCCCUGACAAUAUCAUAAUCAUAAUGAUUGUCCAGGUCUUCAAUUAGGACCUCCCCAUUCCUGAAGAAUAUGAUAAUUGCUUGUCCAGGUCUUCAGUGAGAACCCCCUAACCACGGAGAAUAUGAGAAAAUUGCUUCUUCAAUGAGGACCACCCCCAACCCCUGAGAAUAGUAGCUUAUCCAGGUCUUCAGCAAGGAAACUCCACCUCUAAACCAAGAUUAUGGUAUUACAGUAUGUAAAAGGCACACUUAUAUUGCAGUUGUGUGCCUCAUCAAGUUUGUUGACCACAAUGGUUUCAUGGCUAAUCUCUUGGUAGGCAAUAGUUGACCUUCCCAAUUUCCUAUUGGGAGAUUGUAAAGAAAAUAGGGAUGUAUUUGACGGAUACAUUUUUUUUGUCUUUAUCUAGAACGAUACAAGUUUUAAUAUACAUUUAAUAAUAGAAAAGGUUUACCCUACUUCCCUGGAAAUCUUGUAUCUUUAGUGUAAUUUAAUACAUCUUUUACAUAUGUGGUGACCUAGGCCACGGAUAGGACCUUCUGUUAGUUUUUGUCUAGAAGAGCUUUGGUGUAACUAUUGCAGAAUGCCUUUUGAACUUUAAUGUUUACCCAUUACUUUCUAUAAAUUUAUAUAAUCAUCCAGAGCAGAGAUGUAAAGGAGUAAGGAAUCUCAGCAUGGUCUAAUAGUUCACAUUAAAGACUAGGACUAAAGCGGACAACGGGGCAGAUUUACUAAUCCUAUUUAACAGACAGUGUGACUCAGGCUGUAUGAUACAUAAGAUACAUCUUUACACAGUUUUGUCUAGCUCUGUCACCUUUUGGUUGGCUUACUUUAUGCCAAAAUGUUGUUGCAAUUUUGCCACAUGGUGUUGCAUCUUAAGUUACACCACUUUCCACUGAAACACCCCAUUAGUGCUAAAAAAAAAAACACCUCUUAUCGAACAAGGCCCAAAAAGUGUUUUAAAAGCUGCAUUUUGCUUAAUAAAGCUGCCUCAAUAUCCUGAAUUGAUGGCAUUUUAAAAUGUUUUAAAGCUAUAGUCUCACUUCCAUUAAUAAAUCAUGAAAACAUACUGGACAUCUGACAGGCUGCUUUGAUUUACUCCUUUCUUCACCUGGCUGUAUAUCCAUAUUUUUACUGUACCAAUAAGUAAAGCGCAGCUUGGCUUUCAAGGUGAAACAACUCCUAAAAUUGUUGCACAUUGUUGUAUAUUCACUAAAAUUGAUAUACAGUUUAACAAAAUCGCACUGACUUUGCUAAUGCAUUCCAAUAAAGAGUUAGGGCUUUGUAAAAAGAAACUACAAUAAGGUUUACUGACGAUUCUGGGCCAUGGAGUUAGUCUGACUCUACUUAAACGUUGCUGGCAGGGUACUUCAUUGCUACCUUUUGUAAUAUUUUGUAAGACACUGCUAUUUCUAAAAUAAAAAAUUGGUUCCAAAAAUCUGUAUAGAUGAAUUACACUACAUUAUCUAUAUAGGCAGUCAAGAUUUUGCAUGAUUCAUAUAUGUAUCCAGAGUGUGAGCUCAAUACUGCCAAUAUCAUGCAGGAACAAGAGUACGGCCACAUGAUCAGGUUUCUGCAUGCAGUUUUGGAAGACAAUCAGCAGAGGAUCAUAAUAGUAAAGAAAGUCUAAUACAACUUCUCUGUUUUUUAAUUCACUUCUGGUUUUAGCUUCCAAAACUGCAUGCAGGAACUUGAUCGUGUAGCUGUUCUUCUCUCUGCAUUUGCAGAUAUAGAUAUAUUCUUUUAGCAUUGGGCCGAAUGCGACAGAAGUUCACAGGAGCAUGAGAGGUUAUUCCAUCCGCUUGCACAGUAUUGAAAGUAGUCAGACCACAUCUUGUAUCUGUUAUACAUUAAGCACACAUGCAGCAUGGUUGCAGUGCAGUUAACGUAUGUGCUUGCCUGUGGAUUGUACAGCAUCAGAGUGGGUAUUUAUAUUGGCAUUUGCUUCUGUGUUGUUUUUCAUGUUUAUAACAAUGUAUUGAACUGUGUUCUUGUAUCCUCAGUGAACAUCGCCCAUGAUAUACAUGCUACAUUCUGUUUUGCACGUUGUAUGGUACAAUUUCUAAUAAACCACUAUGGAUUAUACAGGCA